GCACGAAAACCCUUCGUUAGGCCUCGGGCGGCGGCCCGUGACCGGAGCCGGAAGUGGACCCAAAGCCAGGCGGAGGAAGCCGGCGGUCGACCCGUCCGCAGCAGGUGGUGGUCUCGAGGGGCGGCGCCGCGCUGCUCCGUGCGAGCCGGUCCCGCGGCCAGGCGGGUAGCCGGCCCGAGGGCGCGGCGCCAUGAGGCUGUACAGCCUCAGCGUCCUGUACAAAGGCGAUGCCAAGGCGGUGCUGCUCAAAGCCGCGUACGACGUGUCCUCAUUCAGCUUCUUCCAGAGGUCCAGCGUUCAGGAAUUCAUGACCUUCACAAGUCAGCUGAUUGUGGAGCGCUCCUCGAAAGGCAGCAGAGCUUCUGUCAAGGAACAAGAAUAUCUGUGCCAUGUCUACGUGAGAAACGACAGUCUGGCGGGAGUGGUCAUUGCUGACAAUGAAUACCCAUCCCGGGUGGCGUUUACCUUGCUGGAGAAGGUACUGGACGAAUUCUCCAGGCAGGUCGACAGGAUAGACUGGCCAGUUGGAUCCCCCGACACCAUCCAGUACGCAGGCCUGGACGGUCACCUCAGUAGAUACCAGAACCCCCGAGAAGCUGACCCCAUGACUAAAGUGCAGGCUGAACUAGAUGAGACAAAAAUCAUCCUGCACAACACCAUGGAGUCUUUGUUAGAGCGAGGCGAGAAGCUCGAUGACCUGGUGUCCAAAUCCGAAGUGCUGGGAAUACAGUCUAAAGCCUUCUAUAAAACGGCCCGGAAGCAAAACUCGUGCUGUGCGAUCAUGUGACAGCAGCCGGCAGAGGCCCCUGCGCUGGAACGCCACUGUUACUCACAUCGGAACUGCAGCCCCCAAGGAGCAGACCCGCCGUGGCACGACCCGAGUGGGACAGACUCAACUUUGGCUUUGGAGCUUGUGGGAGGAACCGAAGGGUGGAAGGGACCUGGGGGUGGGGAACAUUCAGAUUCACAUGUCUAGUAAUUUGAGGCCCCCUAAACGUGUAUUUUGGGGCCGAAUGAAACCAUAAAGCUCAGUGACUCCUGUAGAUGCUGCAGGGCUCGUUUCUAAUCCCCUGGGAAGGACGUGUGCAAGGCCCACAGUGGGGUCAGAGCCAGCUCUUUGUUGAUCUUCAGUACACCUUUGGGUUUUAUCUGUACGCUAGCUGUGUUAACACUCCUGUGAGUGGGGUGCCCUGACCACAGGGCUGGGGCGGGACAGCCGCUGCGGGCCACGGUGGGCGUUGGGGGCGCCGAUGGGGGCUCGGGCCAGUGCGUCCACGUUGGGAGGACACAGCCACUGGGCUUCACAAGUUCUGAGACCUUGUUUGCGCUCCUGCUGCGAUUGACUUUAUGCAGUGCCCGUCCAGCGAGUUCCACAGAGAUGCCUUGGAAGUGGGGGAGGGGCGCCUGCCCUGACUUGCGGUUUGGCUUUGAACAUCUGGAUCAUAGCAGGGUGUGCUGUAGGCUCUCAUGAACAGGUUUCACUUGCCUUUCUGGUGACAAGACUGUCCUGACAAUCACCUGGGACUUAAACAUGUCUUAGCAAGUGACCUUUACUGUGGCCACCACUACCAGGCACCAAGAGAAGGUGCCAGCCAGCCCGGGGGCUGCCAGCACCCCACUUACGGUCUGAGCCUUCCACACUCCAGCCCAGCCCCCUGCAGAAGCACUGCUAAGCCCGCACCCUCCCCCCACCCCAGCCCCCAGCAGCUCGAGGCCCAUGGCUCUGAGGCCCAACCCUGGAAACAGACACGCAGAGCAGCCCAGGCAGUGGCCCGGGGGGCUCUGGGCCCUUCUCAGCCUCUCUGGUCCCUCGGGCCCUACUGCCAUGUUCCAGACUGCCUCCUGGGGCCCUGCUGUGCUUCUUGAGGACACAAACUCGGGAUGCCCCUGCAGGACUCAGUUUCCGUGGAAGCCCCUGCUGAGGUGGCGUCAACCAGUGUGGUCUCGUUCCUGGGUGUCCUUCCCCGCGCACUCUGUUCUUGCCCUAACUGGGAGGUCCCACUGCCCCGAAAGGAGGUGCCAGCGGCCGCGAGUUCCCUCACUUGGGCCAGAAGGUGGGAUCCGCGUGGCUUCCGAGGACCCCAGCUGAAGAGAUUGACCUGCCAGCUGCCCUGUUUCUCCGGGCGUUACGUUGGCCAGAGGACUUUGGCCUAAAAGCAGCCUGCCCGCGUGAGUCCUGCUGCCGCGGGUGCCCCUGAGACGCGCACACCCAGCCUGCUCGCUGGCGUCUGAGGCGGCCGUGACGUCCCCUUAGGGACGAUGGAGCUUUGUCUGACUGGCUCUCCUCCCACUUCGGAGGAUACUGGGGAGGAACUGGGGGUGGGGCUGGCCGAGACCCCGCAUCCGGCAUUUCCCGAGCUCCUCUUGUAUUCUAAUGUUAGGUCGUUUGGCAAAGUGUAUUUUAGUAACUGCCGCCUAACUUUUUCUCUGUGUUCUGUUUGAAAGCUUCCUAUCUGGAUAAAGUUGACUUUUGAAAUUCCAAAA